UCUUAUUCUUCCUCAGAAAUGGAGCAAACUCUAUAUUUCAUUCUUCUUCUCAUUGCUCUCUGCUCUGUAUCUGAAUGUGUUCAGCGUCAGUAUCACUUUAUAAAUGAGAACAAGACCUGGACAGAAGCUCAGAGAUACUGCAGAGAGAAUUACACAGAUCUGGCCACCGUUGACAACAUGAACGACAUGAACGAGCUGAAGAAGAGUGUGAAUGGUGGAGGUGUUCAGUAUAUCUGGAUUGGGCUGCAGAAGACGGGUCGCAAUAAAUGGCAGUGGUCUUCAGGGGAACCUGCGCUCUAUCUGAACUGGGCUACUGGACAACCAGAUAGCAGUUAUUGUGUUAUUAUGACGGGAAAUGGACAAUG